AUGAAUUUAUCUGAUUCUUCAGGUUUAGAAAAUACUCCACCUCCUUCAGUUAAUUCACUUAAAAGAAAAUUUGAAAAUGAUAAUUCAAAAACUCCUUCAAAUAUAAAAUCAUCUAAAUUUAAUAAAAAUCCAAUAUUUGAUGUUGAAUUAGGUUCAUCAAUUGGAUUCAUUGAUUUACAAAAAUUAGAAUAUGCAACUAAAACUCUUCAAAAAAAUGUUAGAUUAAUUUUAAAUGAUUCACCUAAUUUAUAUGAAUUAAAGAAAAUAUUAACUUCUGAUAAACUUGAUACAAAUACUAAAGUAGAAUUAGAAGCAAAUAAAUAUGUUCAAUUAUCUGCAUCAUUAAAGAGUAAAUAUGAUGUGGGAAAUUUAAAAAUUUUUGAUGAAAUUUUAGCUGGACAAAUUGAUUUUACUGAAGAAGAAUUUGAUCAAUUGUAUGAAAAAAAUAAAGAAAUUAAUGAUAAUACAAUUGAAAUUAAUCUACCAAUUGAAGUAUCAGAAGAUAAAGUAUUGACACCUGAAAUAACAGAAGAAUUUGAAGUUCCACCUUUACCUACAAUUGAAAAUCCUCAAUUACUUGCAAGAGUCUUUAUUCAUAAAUCUCUAAUCAAUAGUAGAUCUUAUUUGGAUCAAACUGAAUUAAUUGGGGGUCAUAAUGAAAGAUUGGAAUUUCUUGGAGAUUCAAUUUUAAAUAAUUUGGUAACUUUAAUGAUAUAUAACAGAUUUCCCACUUCUUCUGAAGGUGAAUUGACUAUUCUUAGAUCUCAUUUAAUUGAUAAUAGAACAUUGGCUCAAUUCGCCAUUCAAUAUGGUUUUCAUAAAAAGUUAAGAGCUAGUAUUGAUGAAGAUUUUCUUAAGACUGGUGAAAAAAAGAUUUUUGCCGAUAUUUUUGAAGCUUAUAUUGGUGCUUUAGGUAUGGAAAGAACUAACCUUAGCGAAGUAAAAGAAUGGCUUGCGAAAUUAUAUGAAAAUAAAAUUAAAAAAUAUGAAGCAGAACAAAUCAAUUUAGAUCCUGUUGAUAAAGAAGCUAAAUCUGAAUUAUAUUCAGUGGUUGGUACUGCACAAUUACAUCCUCAAUAUAUUGUGGUAGAUGAAGGUAAUGGAGUUCAAAAAGAUUUUGAAGUUGAAUGUAGAAUGGGUAUGGAUUUAUUAGGGACUGGAAGAGCAAGUUCUCAAAAGGAAGCAGGUUUGAGAGCUGCGAUGUCAGCUUUAAAAAAUAGACCCAUGUUAGAAAAAUAUCAUCGUAUUCGUAUGGCAACUGAUAGAAAGGAGUCUGCUAAGCCCACUACAAAGAAGACGAAUAAAAAAUCCAAUUCUAAUGAAUUAAAUGAUGAAAAGAAAACUCCAAGAUCUCCUAUACGAACAGGUAUAUUCCCUCUUAAAGCAAAUGGAGUUGAUCCUUUAGAUAAUGAUGCAAAAAAUACUUUAUAUGCAGAAAUUGGAAAAAGAAUUGGUGAGGUACCUCAAUAUAUUAUAACAAGAACUGCUAACGAUUUAACUAUUGUAUCUUUAUCAAUAAGAGGUUUAGUAGUUGUUGUAGCUACAGAUAAAUCAAAGAAGAAAGCAAUGACAAGAGCUGCUAUGACUUUGUUAAAUCAUCCAAGUGCGUUAGAUGAAAUUUGCAAAGAUUCCUUUACAUAG